AUGCGUCCCCUCAUCAUUCGAAUCACUCUUCUCACCGACAUUCCAAGCACUCUUCUCAUCGUUCGAAUCACUCAUCUCAUCGACAUUCCAAGCACUCGUCUCAUCACUCGCGUUGGAAGGAUCAAGAAGACGAUGGCUGGCAUGAAGCCGACCGCCACGAAGCCGACAGAUCCAAGUCACCUGCGAGUGAUCACCGCCCCGGAUCCUCACAAACGUCCGAUCGAUCGCUUUACGCGAAAGAUUGACGAGUCUUCCGAGCGAGAUCGAAGGUCGGCAGUUUCCGAUCUGUACGCGAGCAGGCGAAGACAUGCUUCUCCGCGAGAAUCUAAGCACUCCUCCAUGACUUCUUUCGGACGAUCGUUCGUCGGAGUACCAAUCUAUGGCAUCGUCAGUACACCUGGUGGCCACGAAGGCGUUGUCAGCGCACCUCAAGUGAGCGACAUCUCUGAACCAGCAUCAGGGCCACGCCAAGAUCGUCACAGGCCAACCGUCUUCGCUGGCAAAGGCUGGAUCUCACCGCAUCCUCUCAGUCGCUCGCCAACAGACCUACGCUCACCUCCCGCACCAAUGAUUAUACUUCCCAGCCAGGCAGAUCCGCAAGGCGCCACGAUGACUUAUGAAGAAUGGCAAGCUAUACAAGAGAAUGGACUCAGAAAGCAUCGAAACUUCUCCUUUACCGAAAGCAGCCAGACAUGGCACGCCAGGCAGCAAGAUGAGCGAUAUCGCUUUCCUGGAUGGGAGGCGCGGUCGUGGGUGGAAAUCGAUCCUUCGCCGGUAGACGUGGGGGAGGAUUCAGCGAGUUUGGAACACAUGAGCGGUGGUUCGGAUCGCACUGUGCGUACCAUUGGGAGCGACGAGGUCAGUCGGAGGAGUGGAUCUGCUGCGCGUACCAUUGGGAGCGACGAGGUCAGUCAAAGGAGUGGAUCUGCUGUGCGUACUAUUGCGAGCGACGAGGUCAGUCGAAAAAGUGGAUCUGCUGUGCGUACUGGUCGGAGCGACGAGGAGAAUGGGAGGAGCGAAUCCGCUAUGUCUCGAGGAUCAGAGUCUCGUCAUUCGGCCGUCUCUUAUCAUCCGGAACUACCGACGUCGUCGCCGAGCGAGCUGCUUUGGCAGGAAAUGGAGGAGGGGAAUGGGAAGGACGCUUUGAUGUACGCAUGUUACCAAAUUGUCCUAUCGUUCUUUGUCAAGGGUAUAAUCUCGCGAUGCGGUGCCGAGCCGAAGACCACGGUGAUCUGGUUGUAA